UUCGGUUCAAAUAAUUUUCAUUACGGGAAAUACCAUUGGAGCAAAUACUAUCAGCCAUCACUAUCAGCAUAAGCCCAAUUUAGCCAAUCAGAAGGUAGAAACGUGUCAUUAGAAAAUUAUGAACGUCAACCAGUUUUAUUUUGAAGAAAGCGAGCCGCGAAAAUAUUAUUCUUGCCAGUUUAUUCCGAAAAAGUGCAAAAUUGUUCUGACAAUAAGAUGAAAAUAACGCUAGUUCUAGUAACACUCUUUUUUUACAACACAAAAGCACAAAAAAUUGAUGCUCAAGAGUUGAGGUGUUUAGUUUGUAAAGUUAGUUUAGACGAAUUACACAAAGCUGUGAAUAAAAUCGAUCCAACCAAAACCGUCGACGUUGGGGGUUAUAGACUGGACUCUGAUGGCAAUUAUCGACACAAAUCAGUUUCUCAAGCCAAGUCUGAGGUUCAUUUAUCCGAAAUGAUCGAAGAUAUUUGUACGAAAAUGGACGAUUAUGUAAGGGCGACGUGGAAAUCGAACGGAACUUUAACUUUGUUGAAAUUAAUUACCGAAGAUGGGAAAAUGAAUAACGACAUGUCUGAAGUGAAUUUAAUUCAAGAUGACGAUUUAAACAAAAGUUUGAAAUAUUACUGUGAGGGCAUUAUGGAAGAAAUGGAAGAAAAUAUUAUCAAACACUUCCAAAGUGGAACAGAGGACGUAGACAAAAAGGUGUGUGUUGAAGAAUCGGCCAUUUGUGGGAAGAAAAUUAAUGAAGAAUUGUGAUUUAUGCUAGUUAAGGCUUCCAUGUUAACAUAUUUAUUCUUUUAAUAAAAAAUCAAAAUGAAA